AUGCGAAUUUUUUUAUCAAUACUGUUUAAUUUACUGGUAAUUGCUUUAUCAAAGCUCUCAGUAUACAUUCUUCACAGCCUAGAAACUGACCAGGAGCUAAUAACCCAAAUUUCUACCGAUUUUACAGAUUUUUAUCACAAAAAAAUUGACCUAUUUCAAAAUUAUAUUGAUGAAACCUCAGAAAUAGGUGCUAAUUAUAAUAAUCCUUCAAUUGUGAUUGACGUUACAAAAAAUUUAUUAAUAAAGCAAAAACUUAAAAAUUCAGCCAGAAUUUUUAAUUUUGUUAUUAUAUCAAUUGAUGGACAAACUGGAGGAUUUUGUGAGUGAGAGGUUUUUUCUCACAUAUCUCUAAGCAACCAUGCUAAAUCUAUGAUAGCUUUGCUAUCAUUUUUAAAGUGAAAUAAAAUUGGGGUUAUUUAUAGUGAUUCUUUAUAUAAUUUUAAUUUUCGAAAUUAUUUUCAAGAAGAAUUGCUACUAGAGGGAAAUAUUGAAUUUUUCUCAAUAGAGUUUGGAAAUUGGUUAAGCCGAGAUUUAGCUGAGAAUUUAAUAUCGAGAGAAAUAAAAUCAAAAGGAUUGAAUAAUAUUUUAGUUUUGAAUGAAAAUGAAGGGGCUGAAAAAAUCAUGCAGAGUUUUUUGUCGAAAAAUAUGUAUAAAGAAGGCUUUGGGGCAAUACUUGACGGAAAAGCUAUAUGGGGCCCAAAUAAUGAUGGAUUAAUAUUUAUUUCUGAGAAGGGGACUGAACAUGCUAAAAGCAUAAACCAUUAUCACUCCUUAAGCAUUUUAAACUUAUUGCAUAAUAUUGAUAUAGAUUCUGAAUCAAUUUAUACAAUAAAGGAGAAGCUUAAUUAUUCGACAGUAAAUCGAUUUUCUAUUGUGAAUAUUCAGGAUAAAAUAAAAAAAAUUAUUGGCUAUAUAGAAAAUAAUACAGUUACUUUUAAGGACCGUAUUUUGUUUCCAGGAAAUAGUUCAAGCAUACCGCAAUCCAAAAAGCCUUCUAUUACUAUAUCGAUUGCCUCUGGAAACACAAAUUUUAAUGGCCAUUAUCUUUAUUAUAAUAGCUAUUACAAAGCUGGCUCAUUUUUUGCUAUGGAUUAUGCAAAAUAUGUUCACUUUUUAGACAAUUUUGAUUUAAGUUUAUAUAAAACAGACUGCAGUUCUGAUUAUUAUGAUCAUGAUUUUUCAUAUAAUUGUUUAUUAAAACAAAAAUCAAGUUUAGGUGUUGUAUUUCUGCCUACGUAUACCCUAGGCAAGAGUUUAGCUUAAUCUCACCCCCCUUCCUAAAAUUUUUUUGUUCGUUCAAGGAGGGGGUUAAGAUAUUUUUUCAAAAUUUAAAAAAAACCAAUCGCAAAAUUGGAAAACAAAAAUUAAUUUAAUUUGUAAAAUUUAUGUUUAAAAUGCAAAAUUUUAAGAAGAAUUAGCUAAAGGUUUCAUUAUAAUAAUUAUUACUUAUAUAUCAAAAAAUUUUUUGUUCGGCUCCUUCCCUAAGUCAGGCUAAAUCAUUACCUAGGGGAUAUAAUGAUAAUGUUUGCUAUGGGACUAUAAAUGAUUUUAGGAAACUUGGACUAAAAAUCCCACUAAUUUCGGAUCAAUGCACUAGUGAAAUCUUUACCAAUAAAAGUGAAUACCCAGAAUUUGUAAGAAUCAUGAAAAGUUACGCUUUUCAUUCAAACACCUUAACCCCACCAUAAAAAAAAAUUGUUUUUUAAAAAUUUAUAUUAAAAUGAAAGUUGUUUAAAAUUUAAGAGAAUUAGCUGGAUAUUUCAUUAUACUAAUUAUUACUUGUAUAUUCAAAAUUUUUUGUUCGCUCGGUUAUGGAAGGAGUUAGGAUAUCUCAUAAGGAUUUUUAACUGAAAAUGCGCAAUUGUUUUCUAUGAAAAUUCAACAUUUGGGUUAGAUAUGUAUACGUCGUUUUCAAGCAUUGCAAAAAGUUUAGGAAUUGACAUAGUCAAUGAUGAGGAAAAAAGAAUGUUAGAUCCUUUAUAUGCUCCAAUUUUAUACGAAAAUUAUUCUUAUUAUAUUAAAAAUGGGCAAAAUAAUUUACUCUUGCUCCCUUUGAGCGAACUAUAGAAAUUUCCCAUAGAUGGCGCUGUUUGCCCUUGAUUUGCCCAUGAGAAAAAUCUUUUGGUUUGACCAGUCCCAUAUGGUUUGGUCAAACCAAAAAAAUUUUCUCAUGGGCAAAUCAAGGGCAAACAGCGCCAUCUAUGAGAAAUUUCUAUAAUUUUUUUUUUUAAAAAAAAUUAUAUAUAUUUUUUAUUUUCAAAAUUUAAAAAAAUUACAAUUUGUAAAAAUUGAGAUACAAAAAUUAAUUUAAUUUGCGAAAUUUAUAUUUUAAAACGCAAGCUGUUUAAAUUCAUCAGAAUUAGCUAGAAAUCUCGUUAUAAUAAUUAUCAUUUCUAUAUCAAUUUUUUUUCAUAACAAAUUUUAUAUUAAAAACAUUUUUUGUUCACUCACGGAGGUGGGUUUUUGGGCAAAAAAAAGGGAUUUUUCUAAUGGUUUUGUUCGCUCACGGAAGGGGGGAGUUUAAUAAUUUGAAAUUAAUUAAAAUAUUGAUCAUAUUAAAUAACCAGUAAUAAUAUUAAAAAAAUUUAAAUAUUAUCUAAUUAUCAGGCUCCAAGAAAAAAAAUUGCGAAAUAUUUAUGAUAGAUUAGUGCUAUUUUUAUAAUUCUUUAAAUUUAAACAAAAUAUAUAUAAAUUCCUUACACCUAAAAGAAAUAAAAUGGUGAAGUUGAUGGAAAUUGGGCUCCGAGAUGCACUCUUUAUUGAUCAUGUAGAGACCUGCCGAAGAGCGAAGUUUUAUUUCUCCCUGAAAGUUUUCCUAUCCCUCGCUAAGGCUAGAUAGGCUUUGCCUAUCACAUAGUUUCUCCUCCUCCUCCUCGAGGCCAUAAGGUCACCUUCCAGACGUGCUCUGUUUAGGGAACUAAUCCCUUAGACAGGAUGGCUUAUGUCGUAAAUCCAAAAGGGCGGCCUCUUGGAAACAUUAUGGGCGACGGCUAAUGGGCUUAGCCGAUUAUGGUCAGCAUAACUUUUAACUUAAAAUUUUUAUUGGAAAUCCGUCGCUAAUUGGGGAGGAGUUUAUUGAGGAACCAGAAGAGGCACUUAAAAAGCCAGAAUUUAGGUCUAAUAACCAUAAAUUAAUUUUUAUCUUUACCCCUAAAAAUGCUAUAAAUACCCAAUGCAAAAUAAUUGUCCCACUGAUGCAGCCAACUGCUAUCUUCAAUCUUUUUGGGCAAUUACAUGACGAAGGAAUAAGAAUUGGUGACUUAAUUUAUUUAUUAUAUUUACCUAUUGUAGGAUUUUAUGAAUACUCCCUAGCAAUUUCUGAUAAAACUAAAUCCAACAUUAAAGAUCUCGUAAAUGGGUCAAUAGCACUCUGGCAAUCAGAAUGAGUCGGAAGUUAUGGAAAUUCUCUUGUUGAUAUUAGCAUAGGUUUGUAUGGAAAGCGUAUCCCUGGAGGAACUUGCCCCUCUUUUGAUGCAGUGAUGCUUGGGCUGCAUGGAAUAAAAUAUUUAAUUGAUGCUGGAGCAGACUAUGAGGAUCCUCAGCUAUUAAAUGAUGGAAUAAGAAAGGUAAAAUUUACAGGGUGUUCAGGGACUGUGCAAAUUUCAAGUAAUUCUAAUGAAAAAACCACGGCAUCUAUCAGCAUAUGAAAUCAGAUUUUUAAUGAAACUCUUGGAUAUUUUGAUAGGAUCGUUGUAGGAAGGCAUGUUGUAGGAGGGAACCCACCUUUUUCAUUUAUUAAAAAUAUUACAUGGCCUGAUAAAACACACAAAACUCCAGGUGAUAAAAGGUUAAACCCUGAUAAUUGUCCAUUUAACCUUCAUUUAAUACAAGAUUCAGAUGCAGGCUUCAGUUUAUAUUAUGGAUUUAUUUUUGCAGCUGCAUUUAUAGUGAUUGUUUUAUCUUCUAUUAUUCUAAUUAAAGUUUAUUGGAAAGAGCAGCUGCCAAUGCUGGUAGAAAAAAGCCAAAUAACAGUCCAUGAUUAUAUUAUAAUGGCAAUGAUUCUUGUAGAUUUUUUCCAAUAUUUGGCUAUGGGUCCUGACAUUAGCGAAUUUAACAGCAUAAUUUCAUUUUUAUAUAAUUAUGCAUCAGUUAACUUGUCAGUUCUGAUUAAUUUCAAAGGCAAUCCAUAUUGGAUUGCUAUGAUCACCACUUUCUCAAUUUGCUACUUAUGGCUAUUUUUGACAUUAUUUAUUUACUUAAAAAUUGAUAAAUGAAAAAAGUUUGAAAUAUUCAACAACGUUGGCGAUUUUGCAAGAAUUAUAACUCCCAUCGUAGGGAAUUUAGGGUUUAUUCCUAUAGCACAUAUUCUCCUAACAAUUUUUCAAUGCGAAAAAGGAAUAGGAAACAGCCUAAGCGAGAGCUUUAUGAAUCAUGAUUGCUCGAUAUUUUGCUAUAAAAAUUCACAUAUUUUCUUUGUGACUUUAUCAGUGAUAACGCUUUUAAUUUAUUUACCUUUAUCUAUAUUAUGUAGACCUUUAUGGCAAAAUUUAAAUUCCAAUACAAAUAUAUAUUCAAAUCCCCCAUUUUUAGUUGCUAAAAGCAUUUUUCAGAUUAUUGCAGUUGUAAUAAAUAAAACACUAAAGAGAUAUAGUCAAUCUUUAGCUGGGUUCACAUAUGCAAUAUUUGUGAUGAUUUUUAUUUUUUACACAAAAUAUAGAAAACCAUAUAAUUACCAUAGAUGCAACUUAUGGACAGCCAUUUCAUUGGUGUCACUAUCAUGAAGCUUAAUUUUAAGCUCAAUUUAUUACUUAGUUGGUAUUCCUGCAGACUAUAAGCUUUGAAUUAUAUUGCAAUUUGGAGGAUGGUUAGCAUUAAUAAUAAUUGGCUGCAUAAUACAAUGAAAAAAAUACCCUAGUCUGCUUUAUUCUUUAAAAGGUGUUGAAAUCAGCGUUUUCUUCAAAUUUGCAUUAACGAAUCGAGUUGAGCUUGGUGAAGUUAUAAAGAAGAAGCGAUCGAGUAAUUAUGAAGCAGAAGAUGAAAAAUUCUCAUUCGAUAUUGAUUCCAAAAACGAGCUUAUAGGCUGCAGAAUUGAGAUGAGUAAUUAA